GGGCAGAAGCUACAGUUACAGCCCCUCACCUCCAAGAGGUUAUAGCAGAAGACACCGCAGUCCUAGUCCUCGGGGUCGUUAUGGAGCCCGUGGUAGGGAUUUGCCAACUAGUCUUCUGGUUAGGAACCUUCACAGAGAUUGCAGGUACUAGAGAAUUUCAGUUUUGCCGCUAGCCUGCCUUGUAUUUCUUUGUGAUCAUUAGAGCAAUCUUAUUCCAUGAGCCGGCCCAACUUAAACGGGAUACGCUACUUCUUUAUGGUAUUCUUGCCAUUGUAUUGUGCUCAUCUGCUUCAAAUUGAAAUCUUUUGCAAUCUCUGGUAAAGAAAUUAGCUCCAUGAGUGGAAGCUCCUGCCGUAAUGAAUCGUGCAAUUUGAUGUUCAUGAAUUUAUAAUCUAGCUUGAGUAUCUAUGAAAUUUGUAAAUAAUAUAUUAUAUCAAAAUAUGCUUUAGAGACUUCAUGGAAGGAAAGAACUAAUGGAAUGGAAGAGAAGAGAGCAUGGGUUGACUGUACCGGGAAGGGCAGAAGAUCUACGAGGACCUUUUGGCCGCUUUGGUCCUCUCAAGGACAUUUACCUACCUCGAGAUUAUUAUACUGGGGAGCCACGUGGAUUUGGAUUUGUCCAAUAUGUGGAUCCAGCUGAUGCUGCAGAUGCUAAAUAUCACAUGGACGGUCAAAUUCUACUUGGUCGUGAGUUGACUGUGGUGUUUGCUGAGGAAAACAGAAAGAAGCCUGCUGAAAUGAGAGCAAGAGAACGGCAUAGGGGCCGAUCAUACAGGAGGUCUCCAUCCCGGUAUUCUCACUCACCACGCUAUGCUCGCGCCUAUUCUCGCAGUCCACAGUAUACACCUUCUCCACGACGAAGCGGUUAUUCCAGGUCAAUAUCACCAAGGGACCGGAGGUAUAGGGAGCAAUCAUACUCCAGAUCACCUUAUAGGGAGCGUUUAUAUUCUAGAAGCCGAAGUCGAAGCAGGAGCCGAAGUUUAUACUAGACUGAUCAUAAAUUUGGUUGAGCUUUCUAAGGCCAUUCCUCAUUACUAAUUUCAAGAGCUCUUUAUAUGGGGCUUUCGAAUCCAGACUGGACAACGCUUUCUAUUUCAUGUGCCUUGUGUGGUUGUGGCCGAGUUUGACGAUAUAUUAAGUUGGUAGGAAGGAUCUGUCGUUGCCGCAUGUUUGUUUUCCUCCCCUCGCUCCCUUCAUUGGAAUUAUGAUCUGAAUUAAGUCUCGUUUCCCUGA